AUGAACGGCGGUGCCCCGCCGCCGCCCCCCGCCGCCGCCUCACGCUGCCGCCGCCGCCCCGCCUCUCCGGAGCUGCUGCGCUGCAAGCGCCGCUUGGCCUUCGCCUCCCUGUCGGGCAGCGGCACCGCGGCGGCGGCCGUGGCCCGGCGCAACGAACGGGAGCGCAACCGCGUGCGGUUGGUCAACCUGGGCUUCGCCGCUCUGCGGCAGCACGUCCCCCACGGGACCGCCAGCAAGAAGCUGAGUAAGGUGGAGACGCUGCGCUCCGCCGUCGAGUACAUCCGAGCGCUGCAGCGGCUCCUCGACGAGCACGACGCCGCCGCCGCGUUCCCCGACGGCCGAGCGGGCCGCUCUGCGGGGCGGGGGGCUGUCGGGGAAAGCGGCGGCGGCAGCGGCUAUUCCUCCGCCUCACCCUGUUCCUCCGAGGAGAGCGGCUACGAGCCCGUGCUCAGCCCCGAGGAGCAGGAACUGCUGGAUUUCACCAGUUGGCUUGGGAGCUACUGAGCUGGCGGGAGCCAUACCUUGAUGCCUAUGGUCUUCCACAGCAGCCAGCAGUACCCUACAAAAUAAAUCUCCCCCAGAAAUUCUCAAGUUCCU